UACAACAUGCCUCUGCCAUGGUGUAGUCGAACGGUCUGAGUUCUCAGUCUUCGUGUAAUCGCUGUCCCUGACGUAACGCAACCCUUACCGUAUCCUAAUGACUUGUGAAGCAGUAGAAGGGAAAGAUCAGCCUUGAUGUGAUACUCAGCGAACAUGGCGUCUGAACCACGGUAGUCGCGGGUUGACCGUUAUGCUGGUCGCUUUGCCACGGUACCACACGGAGAAGACGUUGGGGGUCACUUCAUGCCAACCUUUGUUGCAAUCAGUGACAACCUUACGAUGGAGCUCAGAACAGACCAAUAUGACAUCCUAGGGAAUGACACCGUUAACACGACGCUGGGUAGCCCACCAUGGCAAACAACGUCCUUGUGGGAGACUGGGAACUUCUCCGGCAACACGUCAACUGCUAUCGGCAUGAACAAUACACGCACCCCAAGCAUAGCCAUCCAAAUAUUAUACCGUGUUCACCUGGUUGCCAUUCCAGCCAUAGCGAUCAUCGGUACCAUAAGCAAUCUCCUGGCGUUCUUCACCUUUAUCAGUAAACCUCUCCGCCGAACAUCUUGUAGCCUUUACCUGGCUGCAAGAUCCCUAUCGGACACUGGCUUCUUGCUCUCCCUUCUUGCAACCUGGAUCGGGGACGCCACAACUUUCCAGCUCUACCACCGAGAUGGAAUGUGCCAGAUCGUUCUUUUUCUAACCUAUUUCUGUGGAUUUCUAUCUGUGUGGUUGGUUGUUCUUAUUACAGUGGAGAACUACAUUCGUAUAUGUCAUCCUUUCACGGUGGGUAGGUUCUGCACGGUUCAGAAAGCAAAAGGCUUCAUUUUUGGUUUGAGUGUCACCGGUGUUGUCCUGUAUCACUUCCCGCUGUGGAUUAGCGCCGUCCUGGACUACCCUGGUGGGAAGAGGUACUGCAACUAUAUACAGAAGUACGUCACCAUCACCCGGAUGUUCACCUACGGGGACAUGUUCUUGACUCUUGUGAUACCGUCUAUCGCUAUUAUUCUUCUGAUGGUCGGUAUUACCUACAGCUUAAUCACGUCAUUAAAACGACAGAAACGACUCAAACAAAACAGCGAGCGCGUGAAGAGCCAGAGGCCAAACGGCAAGAAGUCCGGUGGUUCGAGCUCAUCUCCUCAAGCCAAGGUGACCAAGAUGUUGUCCGCAGUUUCUUUUAUCUUCCUGGUUUUGAAUCUUCCCAGUCACGCUGUGCGACUCCGGGUCGUGAUUUUGACUUACGAGGGCGAGCCACAGCAGCCGAACAUCGACCAGAUGCUUCAAGUUAUUUUCCAAAUCCUUUACUAUCUCAGCUUCGCUGUCAACUUGGGAGUAUACUUAGCCUGUGGGGACAAUUUCAGGAAGGUAUUUUUAGACAAGUAUGUGUCUUGUGUGCUUCGCUCCAAGUACAUGCGGAGGAAGAGUGAAGUGUCGCACACGUCCUUCACGAACAUUCGAUUGGAGGCAACCGAGCCAAUGAAAGAAGAGGAGACGUCACUGAUCACGUGACUCGGGUGCAUCUAGGUCAGAUAUACCUAGAUAUGAAAAUGGCGUCCAUUUACAUUCUGCUUAGUUCCUGUGGUUUUUUUCUAAAAGAGGAUCAUUUUCUACCAAAUGUAGGCAAAGUUUUUAUUGAUAGUUGUUCAUAUAUUUGCAUGUUGGAAAACCUACUGCGACUUACACAAUAAUAAUACCCCGACAUAAGUGAAAUACGUUCUAACGUGUUUGUACAAUGUCUUGUAUACAUUACCUAUGUGAUUUGAUUUUGUAUUCAUUGCCUAUAUGUAAAAUACUUUUAUAUUUAAGGGACACGUUUCUUUAUAUAUGGUUCUCAUAUUUAUAUAUGUAUAUAUUUAUAAAAGGCGCUCUUCGACACCCCUUUUCUAUAAAUAUAUGAUAUUGAGGUAUAUAUAUAUAUAUACAAGACGAAAAGAACAGAUAAACUUCAUGUCAUACGAAUUCGUUUGUUAAUUGACAUAAUGCUUUUUGUUUCAAUUUUAGUACAUCAAUAAUAUUUCAUUUGUUUUGUUAUGACAAGAGACGUGACAAAAUACCAGUGGUGUUACAUGCAUCCUUGAUGGACAUGCGAUUAGGGCUGCCAGCCAUUGAAAUAGGAAGACUGAUGUUAUAUAGAGGAUCAUACCUACAUGAAGACAAUGUCCAUUGAUUUUGUUUUGUUCAGCAUGAUGCAUAACACGCAUACAUUAAGUACCUGUUACAAGUUGGUUUCCUCAACUGUUGACUUUGCUGCCUGAAGACAUGUACAAAUAUUUCACGCCCAUGUGUUAUUUGCUGAGUGUUUAUUACCUGCCCGAUGUCUCUCAAAGAAGCUAACCCCAUAUAUAUGCUCCUGGUGAUAAUAUUUCGUCCUCACAUAACCAGGAAUGGACUUGGGAAUUCAUCACUGUGGGAUAUUCAUUUUUUGAGAAGGAUUUGAUGAGGAGGCCCAAAAAGCUCACGUGACCGGAAGCUUUAACUGACCCCUACACGGAUCACGUGACUUUGUGGACCUUCAUGAAGCCUUUCUCUCACUGGAACACCUACAUACUACCCCUGUGUUGCUAUCAUACGACGAUGUAGUACUAAUGAACAAUUCUUUGCCGAAUUUAGAUGUAUAAUUUGUCCAUAUUUGUUCCUGACGAAGAGUAUUUUACCAAAAGUAAUCUGAAAAAGAUAAUUAUUAUUAAUAAUUUCCUUGUACAGUCAAACACUUGUGUGUAGAAGUUGAUUGGAAAUGCGUAAAUACUUCGAGUUAUCCAGGGUUUGACACAUCCAAAAAUUAUUAAUAAUGAAGGAAUACGCAGGUACCAAGCUUUUACUUCGAGACAACCGUAGGUUCGACACAUCGAAGUUCGAUACAACGGUGUUUGACUGUACUUUACAUUUAUGUAUCAUAUUUCUGUCAAUUUACAAGCGUUUUGAAAAUUUGUUAUUUGUUAAAAUUGUGUUUGUUCUCAGUAUACUACCUAUUGCAAUAAACACUCUCGCUUCAUUGUUCGUCGAUGUCUCAUUAACAUUCAAAUCAUAUCUUUAUCUACAAAUGAUAUAUGUGUCCACUAACAUCUGAUAUAUUUCUUUACCAUCACACGAUAUGUUCGUCCAGUAACACAUGUAAUAUAUCUCUACCUUCAUAUGGUGUGUCUUCAAACAUCUCCGUUCUUGGAAAAGUGAAUCCAUGGUAUAUAAUUGGCUAACCAAUUUAUUGUUUUCAUAAACCUACAAAAUAUAGGAAACAAUUAUCUGAACACGAUGAUAGUGCAUCCUUAAUAAGUCUUCUCCCGGGUAAGUGAGUGAGUUGGGUUUAACGCUGAUUUUAACAGCAUUCCGGUUAUAUCACGGCGUGUCAACUUAAAGCGGGAGGAAAUCCGGAAGUGAUGCAGGUCUCAGUACAACUUCCGGCCUGGGUGUCCAGCGAUACGCCCAAUUUUAUUCCACUUCACCGUCAGCACGCCUAGUUCGGUGUAGCCAGCAUCUGAGGUUCAAAAGACAAGACUGUGACAUUAUACGAUUCAUAUGGUCCAGGUUUCAUCUGGACAGCUCUGAUGGCCGUACAAGGGUCUACAGGCGCCCAGGAGACGCUAGUAUUACUCAACGACGUCUGUUUGGGGGUGAAGGUGUUAUGCUGUGUGGUGUCAUCACAACUCAUGGGAGAAC